UAAUGGUAACUAGUUACUGGUUUUCAGUAACUAGCACAACACUGGUACUAACACAACACGAGGUAGGAACCAGGCUGAGGUAUGAAACUAAGGUUACAGGCAAACGUUAGAUUUUUUCCAUCUGAGUCAGUACUGACUUUAACGUAAAACUCUUUUAAAUGCUCAUACGCCGACGCCGUAGAGUCUGACUCUGAGCGAGUGCUGCUGCAGCUGCUCUCGGCUUCGUCCAUACUAAUUCAUUCAUUCAUUCAAUGCUCGCCGGUUCAUUCAAUGCUCGCCGGUUCAGCGGUUCCACAUUGUUUGUUCCACACUAGAUGGCUCAUGGGAGAUUUUCCAGCGUAGCUCACCGGCCGCCAUCUUGCUACAGUCAACAGCUACUCUGGUACGGGCUAUGGUAGCUGUUGUAAGAAGUACCUGACUAUGCCUGACUUUUGUGCAGCCUACGGCUGCUCUAAUCGCCGCAGUCUGCAAACAAGAACCCGUGGAAUCACCUUUCACGUGUUUCCCAAAACCGGAGAGAGGAGGAGGCAGUGGGAAGUUGCCCUAAGAAGGGACGGUUUUGUUUCCUCUGGCAGGACGCUGCUCUGCAGUGAGCACUUCAGGAGUGAGGACUUUGACAGGACGGGGCAGACUGUCCGGCUUAAAGAUGGUGUUGUGCCAACAGUAUUCAAUUUCCCAGCUCAUCUUCAAAGGCCGGAAGCAACAAGAAGCACAACCACUUCAAGAAGAGCGGAAGAUGAACCUCAGCCUAAUGUUGUGAGUAUUCUGAAUGUGGCCAAGACCAGAGAGAUGGUCAUUGAUUUCAGGAGGGUGAGGACGUCUCUUCUACUCCUGUGCAUUCUGGAUGUGGCUGUUGUGGAGGACUACAAAUACCUGGGAGUGCACUUAGACAACGGACUGAACUGGAGGAUCAACACUGAUGCUGUGCACAAGAAGAGGAUGAGCAGACUCUAUUUUCUGAGGAAGCUGAGAUACUUCCACGUGUGCAGCAAGAUGCUGGAGAUCUUCUACCGGUCUGUUGUGGCCAGUGUACUCUUCUUUGCUCCGGUCUGCUGGGGGGGCAGCAUCAGAGCCGGUGACACCAGCAGGAUCAAUAAACUGAUUAGGAAAGCUGGGUCUGUCAUCGGCAUCAAGCUGGACCCCUUUGAAGCUGUGGUGGAGAGGAAGACACUGAACAGGCUGUUGUCCAUCAUGGAUAACCCCACCCAUCCUCUCCACCUGCAGCUGGACAGUCAACGGAGCUCCUUCUCCAACAGACUGCUGCAGCUCCGCAGUGCCAUAACUCAACAAAUCACCUCUGGCUGGAAGAUAACUCUCUGCUCCAUAGUUUCUCUUGAAUAUAACCACGUUGUACAUUUUACACAUAUAUAAUCUAUUUAAUAUUUAACAUUAAUAUUCCAUAUGCCUUAUAUUUAUGUAUAUUAUAUAUAUAAUAUCCUGCCAAACUCAACAUGUAUAUUUUCCUCUUUCUUUAUUUUCUUUAUUUUUCUUGCUUAUUUCUAAUUCAUUGUAAAAUGCUUUGUCCCUUAUGCUGCUGUAACUAAAAAUGUUUUCCCACAUUGGGAUCAAUAAAGUACCAUCUUAUCUUGUUUUAUUUGCAUGUGGAAUGUCACUAACAAAUGAGAGCAUCAUAUGGCUUGUCAUAUUAAAUCCCUUAUCU